CUCGGCUUUCUUUUAUUAAUGGCGAACGCAGAAGCCAUGGCAUGGAACGAGUUUUAGUCGAUCGAACCAGUACCGGAGAUGGCGGCUAGCUGGAGGUCGAGGCUGUUUCCGACGAUCAAGAAGGUGUUUGUGUUCGGGACCAGCAAGAGGACUGCGGCCACAGAGGCCUGCAAGUCAUUUGAGGAAUCACAGGAGGAGAUCACCAAGGAGUUUGAGGAGAGGAAGAUCGAACUCGAAGCUAAAGCUGUAGAGAUCUAUCAGGCCUCAGACGCUGAGAUCAAGGAUUUGGUGAGAAAUCCGACAGAGGCCGGAAUCAAGAAAAAGUCGACUGCUGUCGUGAAGUUCAUCGAAGAACUAGUAAAGAUAGAGUUCCCUGGGUCUAAGCAAGUCAGUGAGGCUGCAAGCAAGUAUGGCGUGGCCCUUGUCCCCGCUCCGAUCGUGUUCAUCCUCGAGAAGGUGUCGGCCUUAGUCCCCCAAGACGACGAGGUGGACCCCGGAAGUGUCGCUGGCGCAAAGGAGGCCACGUCGAGCGAGCUGGAGAGGGACAAGGAGGAGGCAGCGGUCGUAGGAGAGAAGGCAGAGGAGGCGACAAUUGUAGCCUCAUCGCCUCCUAGUCCUGCCGGUAACGCACCGGCAACCACAAUCUCUGUCACCGCCGAACCGACUCAUGCAAAGGCAUGAAACCACAAACCCUAAGCGGAUCGCAUGUGUUUUUUGUAAUAUUGUACUUUCCCAUAUUGCUUGUGUUUGUUGUUGCUCCGUCUUCCUAUUUUUCUUUAGGUUGUUUACUUGU